AUGAAUUAAACAUAGAAAUUGGCAUAUUAUCCAAAUUUGCUUGUAAUUCUUUAAAUCUUUAUGGAUAGGGUCAAUCUGAGAGGAUAAUCCAAUAAAAUGUAGAGAGUAAGAGAGGCUUAGAGGAAUAUUUGGCUAUUUUAAAUGAAAGAGCAAACAUUGAAGAUCAAUACGCCAAAGCAUUGCACAGACUCUCCUAACAAAUAGAUAGAUCAAGGUAUUUAAUUGGUUAUGAAUAUGCUAGUAUAACAUAUUUGAGGGAAUAAUUGGUGAAUUAGUUAAGAUAAAAAAUAGAAAGGUUGGAGAAUUUCGUAGAUUUCAUCAGAUCAGAAAUAGUUGAAUAGGUCAAAGAAAUCUUAUAGAAUUAAAAUCAAGUGUAAAGGAAGAUUAUUGACGAGAUGAAAGGUCUUGAAUGGGAUUUGUAAGAUAAAUAGGAUGACUUAAUGGGAGGAAAAUUGGACUAUAAGUUGUAGGCACGAGAGUUAGAGUAAUCAGGGAUUUAAGAUAUGAUUUAUUAAUACAGUCUUGAUAUUUCAGAAGACAAAACCAUAAAGCAAGUAUCCAAGUAAUUAUAUUUAAAUAUAUCGACAGAACUCAGUAAAUCUAAUCAGAAUGUAUUAAGUUGGAAAAGGAAUUCGAGAUUAUCGUACUUUCCUAUAAUGAAUUCAUUGAUGUUUAUAGAACCAAGAUGGAAAGCUAUUUAUCUUAGAUGGAGUAACAAGAAUAAUAAAAACUGCUUGUGCAAAAGGACACCUUGAUGAAACUCUUUCUUUUUGAGUCUUCCAUUUCGAAGUAGUCAUUGCAAGACACCGAAAAACUGAAUGAUCAAAUCAGAAAGACAAAUCUCCAAGACGUCAUAGAAAAUUUUAUUAUGAAAUAUCAAAGACCUCAAGAAGCACCUAGAAUACUUGAAUUCAGACCUUAUUCUUCCUUUUUAGCUAAGACCAUCGAAAGUAUGAGGAGCCAGGAGUACCAAAAAUUAAAAGAUGUCAUUAAGGCACAUAAUGACACAUUCUACAAUAUCUUUGAGGACUCUGUGAAAAAAAAUGUAGGCAAUUUUUUAAUAAUUGAUAGAAUUUAUAAACUAUAGAAGAGUAAGAGUUAACUCAUCUGAUUAAUCGUAACAGCGUGUAAGCUAUAUACAAAAUUAUGUAAAUUCAUAUUAAUUGUGUAUGGAAUGCAAAUGAGAUCUAAAAUAAUGAGACCAUUAUUGGUCUAUUAAGAUAAAGCACUUAAAAUAGAUUGCUUUGGUGCUAGGCUUUAGAGAUAUAGGCAAACAAAAGCAACUAUAAGGUGCAAUCUAAUGAUGCUUAUGAAUAACUAAUUAAAUGGAGUUAAAAGAUAAUUAAUUUAGUACUUUUAAUAUCCUAUAUAGAGUGUAUAGAGUUUUUGGAUGCUUCCCCAUUGAGAAAGUUGAUUACUGUUAGUUCUUUGAUUCAUGUGGCAGUUUAGAAUAAGAAACACUUUUUGAUGUAUAACAUUAAGGACAACAAGGUCUUGUAGACAGCAGAUUUCAUAGAAGCCUCUGUUGUUCAAGCUGUGUACGAUGCCUUGGUUGAGGAAAUAAAGGAAGUCACAACUUAAGAAGAGAGAAUAAGGAGGUACGUAUUUGGUUGUAAUGAAGAUAAAAAAUCAACAUCCUGACUUAAUUAUCUAAGAUCUGCUUCACGUUAUUGUAGUUCAACCCAGUAAGUGUAAUUAAAAUAUAUGCAGAGAACUAUUUGAAGUAGUUAUCAGUGGCUCAAGAUGCUACUGAAAAUUUAAUGUUUUAGAUUGAGAGUUUUGAGUAAUUUUGAAAUACAAUCAUAUUAUAUAAAA